AUGUUGCCGCUGGAUAAUCCAAUCAUCGGAUGCCCGCUAAGCGUGUCAGCACGUUUUGAGGACACCGCUGCAAUGGCGGCGGUGCUCAACAAGCGCACAGACCACCGAAACCUGUUCACGCAAAGAGUGUGCUGCCGGCGGCAGAGUCACUUUGUCUACAUCGGUCAAGACAUCUCAGGCAGUCCAAUCAGCGUAGACGUGGGCAUGUGUAGGCCUAACUGCGAACGGGCAGCAGCCAGGCUGCCCCACGAGGCCGGAGCGCAGGACCUUACGCAACACGCAUCCAUGCUGGAGUUUCUCAGGAGCAAAAAAGUGAGGAUGCGUGCACCCGUCGCCCCGGAAGUGGGAAAGCUCCAGAGGCCGCCACUGUCCUCAUGUGAUACGAACCACGCGUGCGAGCCGACGGGCAUGCGAGUGGACCGGGUGCUCUUGUUCGAGGGCCCUCGCGAGGUGGAGGUGAUACAGGAGUGCCACUGCGAGAUCCAACCGGGUCAGUGCAUGCGCGUGCCCUCGCUGAGGACCUUCUAUGCAGAGACACCCUACGAGAGCGUAGUGGACGUAGGCGGGUGUUCCAGGUCCAAGGGCGCCCCAGAGGGAUUCUCCUGCGUAUCCACUAAAUUCGACUCGGCCUUGGUGGAGACCCCCAACAAAGUGGAAGUGAUCCAGACGGUGGCGGCCUGCGAGCUGAAGGAGAGCUGCUACCGAGUCCCUUAUGUGGAAUAUUACUACGAAAUUGUCCAUCACAGCGACGGCGUCAAGGAGGAAAGACUCAGGGAAGUGGACGUGGGCAGAUGUUUAGGAGGCUGCACCGCAGGAAACCGAUGCCUUCUCAGGAGUCCGUCGGACCCCGAAAUCUGCCACUUGUGGGCCGAGAAACAAUCCAAUUUAUGUGUGCCUCAAGGAUACGAGAGACACAGCUUCUUGAACCAACACGGCAAGAUUAGUACCGUCCUGUCCAUUACUUCCUGCCACUGCCCAAACUGAACGCUCACAAAGAAACAGCGCUCCCUACUGGAUGGAAGCGCACAUGACAUGGUUGCCAAGUCACCCCAUUAACUGAACUCCACAAAAGAAAGCGAGCCACAGGCCAGAGAUGAACCCGCGACCUCUAACUGUGAGGCAAAGCCCACCGUGCCACUCCUUAAAGUAU